AUGAUCGGGCCAAACCCUUCUGCCCCUACUUCCUCCUCUGCCUCAGCUGAGGCUAUCUCCACACCAUCCAGCCAGGGUCGGCCCAAGAUUUCGGCCCAUACAGAUUCUGGCAGUGUCUUCAGCCCGUCCUCCCCUAUUCAGAUAAAAUCCCAUCCGUUCCUCCGUAAACUCCAAACCGGCAGUAACACUAAUGCCACUGCUGGAUCCUCGGCCUUCUCCACUAGUUCUUCUACUGGCUUCCCCAGUGAUUCCUCGAGCAAUGGCCGCAAGAGUGUCGACGAGGCCAUUACAGCCGUAGCCUCAAAGAGCAUUGCUGGCAGCGUCGCCAGUAGCCCCACCACUGCUGCUGCCACUGCGACAGAUGCGCUCUUCAGCCGACGUCUCAAUCAGAGCGAGGACAAGACAUUCGACGAGAACAAUGGGGUCGAGCGUGCAACCCAUGCUCAUGAUGCUUGUUGCGCCAAACAUGCACAAGGCAGUGCGUUUGACGAUACUCUUUUCCUUGGUCAACCUAUCCACCUCCCGCCGAUAUCGGCCGAGGCCCAUCGCUUCUCGGAGCAGCUGCUGGGCCAGAACAAAGCCUGGGCACAAAAGACGGAGAUGGAGCGCCCUGGCUUUUUUGCCAAGCUGGAAAAGCAGCAGAAACCCCAAGUUCUCUGGAUCGGAUGUUCUGAUUCGCGCGUGCCCGCCAAUCAAAUCGUCAACCUGGACCCCGGCGAGAUUUUCGUCCAUCGUAACAUCGCCAACGUCGUGACUCACACGGACUUGAACUUGCUCUCCGUGCUGGAGUACGCGGUCGAUGUGCUCAAGGUGCGCCAUGUCAUCGUCUGUGGUCACUACGGCUGCGGAGGUGUCGCUGCCUCGUUGACCCAGAAGCAGUUCGGUAUCAUCGACAACUGGCUGCGAAACAUCAAGGAUCUGUACACCAUCCAUCGCAAGAAGUUCGAGGCCCUCCCUCAUGGCGGCAAGGAGCAGCAAGACUUAUUGACCGAGUUGAACGUGAUCCAGAGCGCACUCAAUGUGUCGCACACAUCGAUCAUCCAGAAGGCUUGGAGCCGUGGCGAGGAGGUGAGCAUCCAUGGGUGGUGCUACCGUCUGAGCGAUGGAAUGAUCCGCAACCUGGGUCUUUGCAUUGAGGGACCUGGCAAUGUUGAGGACGUGUACCAUGUGCAGGACAUCCCCAAAAGCGACAAAUGA